CUCACCCGUAAUCUCCAGAAAUGCAUCCACAUCUCCUUCAAACCAUCUCUUUACCUCUCACAGUAAUUACCAUCAUCAUUAUUGCAAUUCCAAUUUCUCUAUGUGAACCUGAUGAGCGAUAUCUAAGCUGCAGCAAGUCAUUUGAGUGUGGAAACAUUCAGAAUAUAACCUAUCCUUUCUGGGGAGUGAAUCGUCCUCAGUACUGUGGCUACCCAGGAUUUCAUCUUGAUUGCAGUGGUGACGCCCCAGUGAUUAAAAUAUCGGAAGUGGCCUACCAAGUCCUAGAGAUCAAAAGCAUGUCUCGAGUUCAUCUCAUUUCAACAGAGUACACAGACAACAUUUGUUCUAUCCCCCCUGUCAACUCCACUUUUGAUUCCGACCGUUUCAGUUAUGCUUCAAAUACUAAGAAUAUAAUGCUGUACUAUGGAUGUCCAACGAUUCCAAGUCAAUUUUUACCAACUUUAGGGCUAUCCUAUCAGUUCAGUUGCAACAUAAGCAGAACUGAUAUGGUAGGUUACUAUCUGACAAGGAACCUGAGCAUGUCAGCCACUGGUAGCUUUGCUGCUAACAUAAGCAGUUACCUGGAGUCAUGUAAUCACAGCGUUCUCAUUCCAGCAUAUGAAUCCGCUGUUCGAUCAAUAGAGAGCCAUCCAACUGCUGCAAAUUUGACAAAUGCUCUUCAUCGGGGUUUUUGGUUGCAGUGGACUGCAAAUGAUUCCUUGUGUAACAAAUGCAAAUUUUCUGGUGGGCAGUGUGGAUACAAUAACGAUUCUAGUAAAUUCACUUGCUAUUGUCAAGACCAGCCUUAUGCAACUACUUGCAAGAAAGGUAUGUCGUGUAACCUUUUAUUUUUUAACAAGAUACUUCUGCUCUGUCUCACAAUCAUUGUGCUAUGUUCUAGAAGAGGAUUAUCUAGAGGCCGGAUGACUAGCUUUUGGAGGCAGAAUGCUCAACAUAAUCUAAAUAUUGAAACGAUCAUUAUGAACUCGCAUUCUCUUACUCCAAAACGCUAUACAUAUUCAGAAAUUAAGAAAAUGACCAACUCAUUCGUGGAUAAACUAGGUCAAGGCGGAUUUGGAGGUGUAUACAAAGGAGAGUUACCGGAUGGCCGUCCUGUGGCAGUAAAAGUCCUGAAGAAUUCCAAAGGUGAUGGAGAAGAGUUUGUUAAUGAAGUUGUGAGUAUUAGUAGAACUUCUCACGUAAAUAUAGUUACCCUUUUGGGGUUUUGCUUUGAAAGGACUAAAAGAGCUUUGAUCUAUGAAUACAUGCCCAAUGGGUCUCUAGACAAGUUCAUAUAUCGUCAGACAUCUCUUCAUGGAAACCAUAAUUUACAAUGGGAAAAAUUAUAUGAAAUUGCUGUCGGCAUUGGUAGAGGUCUUGAGUACUUGCAUAGAGGUUGUAACACUAGGAUUGUUCAUUUUGACAUAAAACCUCACAACAUUCUCUUAGACACAGAUUUCUGUCCAAAAAUAUCUGAUUUUGGUCUGGCAAAGCUAUGCAAGAGAGAAGAAAGUAUGGUUUCAAUGACAGGUGCAAGAGGGACUGCAGGGUAUAUAGCUCCAGAAGUAUUCUGCAAAAACUUUGGAGGAGUUUCUUACAAGUCUGAUGUGUAUAGUUACGGGAUGAUGGUUCUUGAAAUGGUUGGAGGAAAAAGAAACAUUGAUAUCGGAGAAUCUCAAAGUAGUGAAAUAUUCCUUCCAAAUUGUAUGUAUGAAUCAGAAGAGGUGUCUAGUCUCCAUGGUGUUAUAACAGAUGAAACAGAAGAGACGAUAAAAAAGAUGGUUACGGUCGGUUUGUGGUGUGUUCAAACCAAUCCAUUAGAUAGACCAUCAAUGACAAAGGUUGUGGAGAUGUUAGAGGGCAGUCUUCAAUUCUUGCAAACUCCACCAAAGCCUUUCCUGUAUUCUCCGACAACAUCACUGGAAACGAACCUCACCGCAUCAACCUUAAGAGCAUGUGCAUUGUCACAAAAGGAAAGUGGCAUGGCUGCCAUUAGUUAAAGAAGCUUCAUAACAGGUACCCUAAUCAUGUUGUAAACCAUCACUUGAUUUCCAAUGAUUAAGUCAAUCAUUAUUGACUCUUGCUUAAAAUUUAAUAUGCUGGAAGUGUGAGCUUGAUCUGUCACUUUACUGGUCAACACUGGUCCACAUAGAAAAGAACACAGAUUUUAAUUUUUUCUGCAAAAAACAUUUUCCAGAAUCCUUCAACAUACUUCGGUUAUAUUUUUUGUCAUUGUAAAGCUUUUUUGAUGUACUUGUGAUGUAUAAUCU